ACCGCGCGUCACUGCCCGAGCAGCACGUGUUAUACAGGCGGCCAGGAUGAUGGCUGCACCGGAUCCUUCAAUCCAGCUCGCCCAGAAACUGGCCGGUAAUGACAAGAAGACCCGGGACCGGGCGAUGCGGAAGCUGCGGCGCUACCUGCGGGCCAGGAGCGACGGCUUCACGGAGGAAGAGUUCUGUAAGAUUUGGAAGGGUCUCUUCUACUGCAUGUGGAUGCAGGACAAGCCGCUGCUGCAGGAGGAGUUGGCGCGGAACAUGUCUCAGCUGAUACACUCUCUGCAGACCAAGCAGUCACAGCAGCUCUUCUUGCGCACGUUCUGGCAGACCCUGAACCGGGAAUGGAACGGGAUCGACCGGCUGCGUCUGGAUAAGUUCUACACGUUGUCCCGUUUUGUUCUGCGUCAGUCUGUUGAGUUACUGAAGAAAGCUUCCUGGGAUGUGAGUCUCGUUGGUGAAUUCCUGGCCAUGCUGACGGAGGAGGUGCUGCACGGAGCGGCGCGAGGAGUACAGCUCCACCUCAUAGACAUUUACCUGGAUGAGCUGGCGGCGGUGGGAGCGGCGGAGCUCCCGGCCGACCUGAACCUUAAGCUGAUUGAACCAUUCAACAGGAUCGCUUCCAAGACCAAGGAUCCUCUCCUCCUGCAGUCGGUUCUCAGCGGGAUUUUUCAGUCCGUUCUGGAUCAGGCCCCCUUUGCGAUUGAGGAUUUAAUGAGGGAGAUUAAAGAGACAUCAGAUGCCGCAGACACGGGAGAUGCUGCGGAGGAGUCGGGAUCCACUUUACAAGAUGACGAUAUUGGACCCGUAUUACAGUUUGAUUACGAGGCUGUGGCUGACAGACUCUUCGCUUUGGCGAGCCGAAAGCACACCCCGGCUCACAAUCGCAAGCGGCUGUACCGGCUGGUGAAACAGUUUCGGGAUCUGGCUGAAGGAAAUUUCCCGCAGGACGAUUUCCCUGAAGAAGUUUCCACCGACGAAGAUGACGACGAGUUCAGCAGCUGGAGAUUUCGCCAGAGACAGAAGAAGUUUCUGGAGCACGAGAGCGUGGCUCCGGCACAAGAGGGGAAAGAGCAGCCGAAAAAGAGGAAACGCGUGAAGGAAGGAGCAGGCACCGCCGGCCCCCCGGAGCCACAAGAUGCGAUGGACCCUCCCCCGGUGAAAAAGAAAUGUAAGAAAAACCGAUCGGACGUGAGCGAGACCAGCGCAGAGAAGCCCCCGCAACCGCUGCUGAAUGGGCUCGCCAAGCAGCACCCCGCAGAGAGCGCGGCAGACCUGGCGGACGCAUGUGUGUCGGCCUCCCCCCCGUCCAUCUCUCAGAAACUUCUGAUGAAGCGGAGAAGGCGCGGACUUAUAAGAGUGGGGUUCGGCGUCUUGCCCUCCAGGGUGGGUUUACUGGCCAGGAGGCGGCAAAUUCUCCAGUACCGCGGGCACGGCCGGAGAGCUUCUCUUCCAGUGACCGAGCACCAGGAAAAGGCGAGUUCUCCUGCGUCUGAGCUCCAGAAGAAGACUCCUGAGCCCCAGGUGAACGCAUCUUCUGUUCCAGCAUUCAAACCACGAAAGAAGGCGCCUGAGCCCGCGGUGACGGUAGCCUCUGCUCCACCAACGGCACCCCAAAAGAAGGCAGCUGCUGCUCCGCCGCCUGAAGGCCAGAAGAAGGCAAUUAUUGCCCCAGCAUCUGGAUCCAAGAAUAAAUCGCCUGAACCCCAACAGAAGGCCACUGCUUCGGUGUCUAAACCACAAGGGAAAGCACCUGAGCUCCAGAAGGCCACCCCAUUGGAAUCUGAACCCCUGCAGAAGGCCGCCCCAGCUCCGCAGCCCCAGAAGAAGAAGGCCGCCCCAGCUCCGCAGCCCCAGAAGAAGACCGCCGCCCCAGCUCCGCAGCCCCAGAAGAAGACCGCCGCCCCAGCUCCGCAGCCCCAGAAGAAGACCGCCGCCCCAGCUCCGCAGCCCCAGAAGAAGACCGCCGCCCCAGCUCCGCAGCCCCAGAAGAAGACCGCCGCCCCAGCUCCGCAGCCCCAGAAGAAGACCGCCGCCCCAGCUCCGCAGCCCCAGAAGAAGACUAAUUCUACCCAAGAAGACUUUGUGUCCUUCCUUAAAGCUGAUGCCCCAAAGCCCGCCUUCGUCAAAAAGUUAAAGGGCAAGCAGCAGAUUAACGGCAACUCGAAGAAAGUGACGUUCAGUCUGAACAAGAACAUGACGGCAGAGUUCAAGAGGACAGACCGCAGCCUCCUCGUGAGUCCCACCGGAUCUCAUCGCGUGCCCUUUAAUCCGGAACAAAAGCCACAGCACGGGGUCCUGAAGACCCCCACCCGGAGUCCCCAUCCCAGACCCCGGGCCAAGGACUUUUUCUGAGACUGCAUUGUGCGGCCAACUCGGUGGAGUGGCAUUAACGUGGCCCGUGUCUCGCUGCGUACCUACCAUGGGGGGGGUUUAUCUCACAGAAGCCCCCGUCGGUCCCUGUGUGGGGUCAGGACUUUUUUACUGGGAGCUCAAGCUGCCUCUGUCACCCGCAAUAAAUCUUUGCUCCCUG